GACUUUAAAAAGGGACGGUCCGGCAGUGAGAGGAAUGCCACAAGCGAGGAACUGACGAGCUCAUCAGACAGCAUCAGAGAAACCGUUUGAGACUCCAACAAAAGUAACUAAUCCAAAUGGCAGACGUGGCCGUUGCAGCUCCCGCCGACAAGAAGGCACCUCCCAAAUUCAAGCAGAGGGCCAUGCGCACCUUCAAGAGCAAGGCACCCAAACCAGGCCAGAAGGGAUUCGGAGACGACAUCCCCGGGAUGGAGGGUCUUGGCACAGACAUCACAGUGAUUUGCCCAUGGGAAGCCUUUGGUGACAUGGAGCUCAGCGACCUGGCGAAAUAUGGAAUUGUCUAGCCCUCUUUCCUCUGCCUUUACCCCUAUUGCCACUAUUGUCCCUCAUGUAUUCCAACUAUUUAUCAAGCAGCUGAGAAUCUGCUCUCUGUGUACUGUGGAGUGGAGGCAGCCCUUGAUGAUUUACAGGUUUGACCUGGGAAAAAACUAAUCCAGCACCUUUUCUUGUCUAUUGCACUUUAUUUGCCCCUGCCUUCCCAACAACUCUCCUUCAUCCUUUUCUAUUUCUCUUCACCCCUGCCUUCUCUUUUUCCCCUGGAUCUAUCUUAUCCAGUUCUUCCUCUCAUAACGUAUCAGCUUGUACUUUCCACACAGAGAGAGAGAGAGAGAGAAAAAAAAAUCUAAAGGAAUAUAUUAUACAUUUUGUAAACAUGAAAGAGGGUUUGAUAUCUGUUAUUGUGAUAUCCCAGGGCUGUGUUGCUCUUCUUGCAUGUCUCACCUCUUCUCCUCAAAGCUGCUGAUUUGACAUGCAUAGAUUUCUAUUUUGUCUAACAGCUAAAUCAGAUUUUAUUUUUAUGAGAAAGUCUAUAAUUCACUUUGCUCUUCAGUGGAAAAUGAUCAACCCUGUCUCUUUCUUCAGUAGAGAUGAACAAUUCCAUAAACACAAUAAAUGUCCAUAUUUUCC